AUGUUGAUGAAUAUUCUUUUUGUUUUAUUUAUUUUCCUAAUCUCAAAUUCAUAUUCAUAUAAUACAAAUCCAACAUCAUAUUUAUGUACAGAUUCAUUAACUGAAAUACCACAAAAAUUACCAUCAUGUUUACCCGGUUAUAUUAUUGAUAUUGAGAAUGUUUUCUAUGAAUCAACUGUUGAUAAUUCUUGUUCUGGUACAACAUUAUGUCGUGUAGAGAAUAAAAAUAGUCUUCAAUUUGCAUGUAAUCGUAAACGAAGAUGUAAUGUUAAUAUAGAUAAUUUACGUUUUUAUAUUAAUUCAACAUGUGGUACAACAGUAAGAUUUUAUACGAAAUAUCGUUGUUUACCUGUUAUACAAGAACAAAAUGAUCAUUUAUGUGAACCAUUAUCAUCAUCAAGACGUCUUGCAUUAGGUGAUAUUAAAUUAGAAUGUCAAAGAAAUUAUCGUUUACAUAUAACAUCAGCAUUAAUUGGUAUUAGUAUAAAAAAACAAGAUGAAUUAACAAAAAAUCAUUUUAAAUGUAAUAAAGAUACACAAACAGUUUGUAAUUCAUAUGUACCAAAUGCUUAUCGAGAUGUUUGUGAUAAUCCAUUAAGACCAACUUAUGAUGAUCAUUGUACAAUAAAAUAUAAUGAAAGACCAGCAUUAAAAGAUUGUCCAUAUGGAAUGGCAUCAAAUUUUUCAUUGGUAGAAUAUCUAUGUAUUCCAGGUUAUGGUAUUACAGAAGAUCUACCUCGAUUUGAUAUUUGUUCGAAUGAAAUUCCACAACGUAUACCGAAUGAUCGAGGUUUAUUACAUUCACCUAAUUAUCCUCAAGACGUUGCUCAAUAUCUUUCAUGUAAUAAACAAUUAUAUGUACCACGUCAAUCACGAUUACGUUUAUUUAUGCUUGAAAAAUCAAUUGAAUAUUCUCAUGUAUUAAAUAUCAAUUUAUUAAAUAAUAUUCGUACAUUAGCUGUCAAUGAAUUACUUGAUAUAAAUAUAACACAGCGUAAUGAUGAAAUAGCGCAAUUUGAAUUAAAAACAAAUCAUCUCGGUGGAGGAAAAUUUUUACUUUAUUUUCAAAUUGAUUCACGUUUAUCCGAAUAUGCACCAUUUGAUCUUGAUCCAGAUAGAAGAUUAGAUAGUAAUUCUAAACAUGGAAAAACAUCAUUAAAACGACAAUGGGGAAUUGUCAUUGGAUGUAUUAUUGGUCUACUUCUUCUAUUACUUCUUCUAGCUACUAUCUUUAUUAUAUUUCGAAUUACCAAACGUCGACGUGAACGUUCUCUUAAAUAUUUAAAAAGUGAUGAUGAUCAUCGAGAACGUUUAAGUGUACCAAAACCAUCAUCUAGUAAUACUCAUCAUCAUCAAGUAGAACAACCAUAUUUAGCUUCAUCAUCACCAGCCAUUCUUCCAUUAACCUCGAGUAGUAAUCAUAAUCGACCGCAUUCGGCAUCAUCAACAACAUCAUCUAUAAUAGUUCAUCAAAUAAAUGAUGGUCAAUCCGAUCGUGAAUCAUUAAUAAAACCAACCGGUCAAAUUCAAUCACAUUCAAAUGCAGAUAUUGAUAAUUUUUAUGAAGAAAUAAAAGAACAACAACAACAAACAGCAUUAGCUUUAGGUUUAAAUACUUCGAAAGGUGAUAUAUUAAAUCCAUAUCUUGAAGCAAAAUGUUUUGAACAAAGAAAACCUCUUUUUCAAGGUAAUACUCAUCCAUCUAUACAACCAAUUCGUGAUCAUCAUGAGAAUGAUUCGCAUUAUCAACAUCCAAUUUCAUCCACUGAUAGAAUAUUAUCAAAUGAACCAAUAAAACCUAAGAAGCGACCACCACCAAAAAUUCCUUCACAACGAAUGGAUAUACAACAUCCCGAACCAAGUGCACCACCUUUACAUAUUAUAGAAGAUAAUAAUAAUGAGAAUUAA